GCCACGGCCCCAUAGUCCUCCAUACUUAUUUGUGUUCGUCAGAUACUGGGACAUGGAAAGGAAAUAUUUGCGAAAAUCUGUAAAGUUUGCCUUCAGCUGCAUGUUAGUGUUCUUUCUUCAUAAACUCUGCCUAGGCCAAAAAAUUUGUUCAGUUCCCUCAGAGCCUGUGACAAUUAAAGAGAACAACACAAUUGACAUCGUUGUUGCUUAUAUUAACACAACAACAAAGGAUGUCACACUGACUCUCAUAGAGAACCCAGAGGAUGCCUUUGAUCUGAAGGGCUCCUUUCUGAUAGUGAAGAAACGGCUAGAUUUUGAGAAGCUAUUAAAUCCUGAGGAGCUUGCGGUUCAGGUCCGCUGCAAUAAAACAGGCUUUAAAAGCAUCACUUUGACUGUGCUUGUCCAAGUGGAGAAUAUCAAUGACAACCCUCCAUCGUUUGCCCGGAGUGAAUAUGAGCUAGAAGUUAAUGAGCUCAUGCCUAUUAAUACCAGCGUUGGCCUGAUUGAAGCCAAAGAUGAUGAUUCCGGGGUGUUAUACUACACCAUGGAGCCGAAUGUGAACAUGUAUUUCAGACUAGAGAGUAUGUACAAACCAAACAUCCUCGUGAACAAGACUUUGGAUUACGAUGUCGUCCAGCAGGUGACACUGACUUUAUAUGUGCAGGAUACUCCAUCACCUCCACCACCAGACCAGCUGUCCUUCACAGCUACCACAACUAUAAGAGUCAAUAUAAAAGACAUAGACAACCGUCCACCCUGGUUCCAGCCAUGUAUGAGGACCACUCUUGGUACUGCCAAGAUCUGCCUAAGUCUUGGGUAUAAAGGAAGAGUCAAUCUAACAGAAAAACAGGAUGGCCCGUUACAGUUGCAGCCAGGGCCAAUCUAUGCCAGAGAUGGUGACAAAAGCAGAAAUGAGGAGAUAAGCUACAAAAUUGUUCGAGGGAAUGAAGACAGUAUAUUUCAAAUAGAUGAAACCACUGGAAACAUAACCAUGUUAAAACCAGCUGAUAUUGCAGGCCCGAUAUCACUCACAGUUUUGGCUUCACAGGUGUCAAACAGAGACCAGUUUGCCUCCACCUCAGUCAACAUUGAGGUGAUGAAAAAGAGCAGGAACCCACCGAAAUUCGAGAGGGAGCGAUAUGAGGCGUAUGUUUACAGCAACUCGGGCCCUGAGAACAUGGUGCUCAGGGACAGGACUUCAAACAGACCCUUUAGAGUCAAAGCCAGGGAUGAUGACUUUGCAAAUGGAAUAAAUCCAGACAUAAGAUAUGAAGUACAGUACAGCAGUUAUGUCAACAUAACCACAGAUGGGUUUGUGCUUCUGAAGAAAGCUGUGCGGACCGACUCCUUUGCUUUGCAGGUCCGGGCUGUUGAUGUAUCUACUGGUGAAUCAGGGACAGCAGCUUUGUCCGUGGUUGUUUUACCACCUGCGGGAGUUCAGUCGCCCUCAGAGGGAUACCGUGCUGGAGAUAUGGCUUUGCUGGGCUUUGUAAUGGCUGCUCUGCUGGUGCUCUGCCUCAUUGUGAUUGGGUACCUCAUCUCCCGUCUGAAGAAGGAGAACCCCAAUACACUCAAGUUAUCUGAGUGUUUAGGUCCAUGCUUGCAGCUUAAUCGUCCCACUAACAGGCCAAGGCCAAGAGACAGCCUGCAGUUCACCAACGACGGCUUCCUGAAUGAAGGUGACAUGGGCAGGUCAGGCAACAGAAGAGCGGAAAAGAGAGAGAGGAAGUUGGAGGUAGCUCAAACGGGAAGGCUGAGAGUGAUGCCCCGCGAGAGGCAAAGACACUGCAACUUAUGUGGCAUGAGAGUUCAUACAAACCACGUACACCGCAGCAGCCCAGUCGGCCACCCCAAAGCCCGGGGAGCUAAAGACCAAGUCAAAUCCAUUCUGACUAAAGAGAGGAGGAGGCAGAACAGACACAAAACCGUGUGGUUCAAGGAGAGCGAGGAUUCGUCAGACAUUGAGGUGGAGAUCAUUCCUGACAACAUUGGGCUCAAGCCUGAGGAGGACUUAGGGGACUUUGUGGAGAACUCCUCUUCUCCAGCUUUAAUGUCCAGUGAUGUGGAACUGGGAGACCUGACUAUGAUGAAUAUCCAGGACUUGGAUAACCAUGAAGUAUCCAUUUCCGAUCACAGUGGAAAUCAGAAUCCAGAUAAAACAGACCACUGAGUCCAACAGUACAAUAGUUCUCAGCCCUGGUCCUGGAGGAUCCCUGUCCUACACAUCUUAUUGUUAUCCCUGCUCUAACUAAUCUGCUAAUUAACAAGCCCUUCCAGAGUUGAAGUGGGCAUGUUAGAGCAGGGAAAGCACUAAAAUGUGCAGAGCAGUGGGCCUUCAAGACCAAGGUUGGGAACCAGAGCCACAGAACUCGGAAGCGAAGCGUUUCAAGCUUGCCCUGAAGUUUUUCAGAAGGUGACAAAUAUAUUAAACCAAUGCACAGGGAACGUAUCUUGACACACAAUAUAAAGUACAAUACGCAAUUUGACAAAUAUAUUUGGGGUGAGCUGCAAAGAGAAGCACAGGGCUGUCACAAUUAAUCAAUUAAACUGGAUUACUCUCUUUUAAAAAAUCUGCGAUUAAAAUAUACCUUCUAGAUUAGGGCUAUCCCAAACAGCAUUUUACAGGCCUCGAAUACUCGUUAGUGUUUCUAUACAGUGCUUGA